UGUAUUUUCACCGGACGCGUCUUACGCAAUUGUGUUUAUGUUGUUUUUAUCGUAAAGGUGGUCAGUCAGGGAAAUAGUUUCAUCAUACAUUUCGCAUGUUACACUUGGUUAACAUUGAUUUUCAAGAGUGGAAAGUCAGAGGGGCGACGCCAGCCUUUGUUGUGUUGCUCGAUGUUUAUUUAGCUUUUAUUGUUAAACACAGUGUCAUAGUUGACCGUGAAAUGCGCGUCGUUUUUGUGAAACCACAAAUAGUUUUCAUGGUUUCUAUUUUGGUGGCUUUGCCUGAAAUUCCUGAAAUAUUUUCCAUUCAUCUAAUGAUUAGGUAUUUCAUCAUCUCUACCUUUGCACCAAACAGGUGAAAAUAUCGAAAUUUAUGGCGAAGGUUGCUGUUUAACUUAAAUAGGGAUGCAUUUCUCGCAGUCGGUGGCCAUCAUACAGAGCCAAGUGGGCACAAUCAGAGGCGUACAAGUACUUUAUAGUGAUCAGAACCCUCUAGCAGUAGACCUGGUGAUCAACAUGCCUCUAGACGGGGUCCGCCUGAUCUUCGACCCCGUAGCGCAGCGGCUCAAGAUGAUCGAGGUCUACAACAUGAAAUUAGUCAAACUUAGAUAUAGCGGCAUGUGUUUCAACUCUCCCGAGAUAGCGCCAUCUAUCGAGCAAGUAGAGCACUGCUUCGGCGCCACGCACCCCGGCCUGUACGACUCGCAGCGCCAUCUGUUCGCGCUCAACUUCAGGGGACUGUCGUUUUACUUCCCUGUUGAUAGUAAAUUCCAGCCCGGCUACGCACACGGUUUAGGCUCGCUUCAAUUUCCGAACGGAGCCUCCCCCGUCGUAGCGCGCACCACCAUCUACCACGGCUCUCAGCACCAGUCAUCAUCCCUGCAAGCGGGCCCGCCAUCCGCGCCGCCGCUGCCGCUGUCCUGCUCCCGGCAGCAGCUGCACCUGCGGCGCUGCGACGUGCUGCGAUCGGCCCACGCCACGCGCGCGCUGCGCCUGCACAUGUUCACCGACGGCACAAGCAGAGCCCUAGAGCCCGUCAAACUUAAGGUGACCCGCGUCGUCCGUUUCGGAGACAGCUGUGAGGCCGUGGCCCGCGCGCUCGGCGCCCCCGCGCGGCUGUUCUUCAAGGCGGAGGACAAGAUGCGCAUCCACCGCCCCACGCCGCGCCGCCGCGCCGCCCCCGCCAGCGAUUAUUUCUUUAACUACUUCACACUGGGACUGGACGUGUUAUUCGACGCGCGCACGCACCAAGUGAAGAAGUUCGUGCUGCACACCAACUAUCCGGGACACUACAACUUUAACAUGUACCACCGCUGCGAGUUCCAGCUGCCGGUGCAGCCCGACAAAUCGGACCCGAACUCUCUCGUCGACACGGUCAGCAGCCCGGUGACCAUCACGGCGUACAGCAAGUGGGAGGCCGUGUCGGGCGCGCUUCGGGUCUGUGAGCGCCCCGUGGUGCUCAAUAGAGCCUCUUCCACAAACACCACCAACCCGUUCGGAUCUACCUUCUGUUAUAACUACCAGGAUCUUAUAUUUGAGGUGAUGUCGAAUAACUACAUCGCGUCGAUCACUCUGUACCAGCCGGAGGGCAGCCGGCCCUACCGCGUCAACUCCAUAGCGUGACGUCAUCAGGAUACUUCAAACCUAGGCAAGUACACAUCCUGAAGAAAUUGCAGUUUUUCUCCAAAAUUUUCAUUCGCGUUGAGACAAACAUGGCUUGAAAAUGUCGCAACAUGCA